UACUACAGCUAACACUCAAGAGAUGCCACUUCAUUGUUUAAUGUGUUCAUGUUAAGUGUGGAGGAUUUUUAACCAUACUGGGCUGCCACUAUGGUGCUUUGAUUUUGGGGUUUAGGAUACAGUGAUGGCAGGGAUAUGGUCAGAGGUCUGGACAUUGUACCUUAUGUUAGCGUUUGGUACUCCAGACCCCUCACCAACAACCCAGGAGAAACUCCAUGAGUUCAGAAGAAUCUUCUUGGGUUUGGACAAAUGCAACGCCUGCAUUGGAACAUCCAUUUGCAAGAAGUUUUUCAAGGAUGAAAUAAGGUUUGAAAGAUGGCCGACUGCUCAGUCUAAUCUCUCCUCAGCAGAUGUGUGCUCAUAUGAGGGAAACUACACAGACAGCACAGCGGGCUUGAGACCUGUGGUGCUGUCCCACUUGAUGUCUCCUCACCUGCACCAGAUAUCAGACAAUAGCAUUUGCACCUCAGCAGGCAAGGGGAAAUCCUGCAGCAUUGAAGCUGUCCUCAGGGCCACUUCACGCUUCCAAAGUUGGGUCCGCUCCAACCUACUGCUUCCCAGCAUGGUGAAGGGUCUGGUCACCCCGAUGCUGCGCUGUCCAUCUCAAAGGCUGCUGGACCGUAUUGUGCGACGCUACUUCGAAGUGACUGACGUGGGAAGCGUGCAAAUGAAGCACUUCAGUGAAAAGGACAAACUCAGGCUUCUUUACACCCUGGCUGUCAAUCAACAACCUCUCAUACUCCAGAUGUUUCCAGGCACGGAGGGCUGGCCCUUCCUCCGCUACCAUGGCUCCUGUGGAAGGAUGAUGGUCUGGGCAGGGAGCAAACCUCUCAGGAGCCUGUUUUCCUCUCCGCUGGAGCGCCGCGCAGACGCUGCCUACCAGCUUCUUCACAUCACCCAGAGCCUGAGCUCCAACAGCCUCCAGUUCAGCCUCUUCUACACCAGGGUCUCAGAGGACAUGUUUGGUACCUUGGACGAUAGCAGGGUUUUCAUUGUGGAUACCAGUACCAUAGGAAUCAUUGACCUGCAGGAAGGAUAUCCUCCUGAUGAAGACUUGCUACCAAAACACCUUGACGUUUUCUCCUGUCUCAGUGGAUCUUGUGUGAGACCUCCUCCGUGCAAGACUGUUCGAGCCGCACAGAGUUUUAUCCUACUUUGCAAACAUGUCAUUAACAAACUGAUCAUGCCUAAUGAUGUGCAGUCAGGUCUUCCCAAAGAAGCAGUCAGUGCACUCACUAUCUGUGCAGACCAAUCUCAGUCUGACCAAAGAAUAAUUGCUGCUGUCCAAACCUUAAAAGACAUUUUACAGACAUUAAGGCCAUGCAGCGCUCUCUAUGGAUACAGGUAUCCAGAAUGCCUCUAUAGUGACAGGUUCUAGACCAAAACUACACACUUAAAGAGACAGAUCACCCAGAAAAUUAAAAUUCGACUCGCUCUCACAUGGUUUCUAAACUUGUAUGACUUUCUUUCUUGUCUUGUAUGGAGAAUGGUCUCCAAUAGUCUUUAAAAUAUUUUUUUGUGUGCAGAAGUCAGUCAUUCAGGUUUGGAAUAAGAAAGUGAGUAAAUGACAAAGUUUUCAUUUUUGGGUGGACUAUCCCUUUAAGGCCCAUUACUGACUGAACCUAGCAGUAAGGCAAUAUAGAAUGUAGCACUUAAGUUUUCUGCUGGACAACCAUGACAUGAAAUGAAUUGUGUAACAUUAUCAGUAUAUAUCCAGUCAAGGAUCUUGAUGUUAUCAAAGCAUAGCUGUCAAACAAACCUUGAGACAUAUUAUGCAAAAAAUAAAAACAAAAAUGAAUACAAAAAAUAAGUCUAUUCAAAUAGCAUAAAAUAAUUCACGGACGAGACACGGAAUUUCAUCACAAAAGAAGA